AUGGACAUUUCCCUUGGUGAAUAUCUCUUUGCGCGUCUCGCCCAGCUCUCCGUCCACUCCAUCUUCGGCGUCCCCGGAGACUUCUCCCUCGCACUCCUCGAUACCCUACCCCCCACUUCGCGCUGGGUAGGCAAUGCAAACGAGCUCAACGCCGCGUAUGCAGCGGACGGGUAUCUGCGAGUCACGGGACUCGCAUGUCUUGUAACCUCGUUUGGCUCCGGUGAGCUCUCCGCACUCAACGGCGUCGCGGGCGCGUACGCGGAACAUGUCGCGCUCCUCCACGUAGUAGGGGUGCCCUCCAUUGCGGCCCAAGCGAAACAGCUCCUCCGCCGCCAUACCCUCGGCAACGGCGACUUUACCGUCUUCCACCGCAUGGCGCAGAAUGUCGCACACACCACCGCCUUCCUCAACGACAUCCGCACCGCACCCGCAGAGAUCGACCGUUGCAUCCGUGAGGCGUACCUCGCGCAGCGACCGGUCUACGUGGGGCUCCCCGCGAACCUCGUCGCGAUGCGCGUGCCCGCAUCCCGCCUCGCAGCACCGCUCGACUUGACACGAGCACCCAACGACUCGUGUACGGAGCACGAGGUCGUCGCAGCGUGUAUACGUCUCAUGCGCGCGGCACACGCACCGGUGGUGGUGGUGGAUGCGGGUGCCGCGCGCCAUGGGUGCAAGCGUAUCGCGGCGCGGCUCGUCGAUGCCACACAGUUCCCGGUGUUUGUCACGCCGAUGGGCAAGGGCGGCGUCGACGAGCAGCACCCGCGGUUCGGCGGGGUGUUUGUUGGCACCCUCAGCUACCCCGCGGUGCGCGCAGCCGUCGAUGCCGCAGAUCUUGUGCUUUCAAUUGGUGGACUCAUGUCGGAUUUCAGUACAAGCUCGUUUAGCUAUAGGUUUAGCACGAAGAACGUGGUGGAGUUUCAUGCGGACUAUGUUAAGGUCAAGACUGCGACAUAUCCGGGGGUCCAGAUGAAGGUUUGCUUGGAGGAGCUAUUGCAGACUGAUUCGCAGGGUGCACAAGUCAGCUCGCUAGACCCCCUCGGCCCUCUUCCUCAGGACUAUCUCUGGUCGCGUCUCGGCUCAUGGCUCCGCGAAGACGACAUUGUCAUUACUGAAACCGGCACCUCCGCCUUCGGGGUCAUCCAGACCCGGUUCCCCGAUCGGACUCUCGGGAUAUCGCAGGUGCUCUGGGGUUCUGUUGGCUUUACCGUGGGCGCCACGCUCGGUGCGGUACUCGCGGCAGAGGAGACAGAUACGACUCGCCGAGUCAUCCUCUUUGUGGGCGACGGCUCGCUCCAGCUUACAGUGCAGGAGAUAUCCACGAUGGUGCGCUGGGGCACCAAGCCGUAUCUCUUUGUGAUGAAUAACGACGGAUCUACGAUUGACCGGCUCCUUCACGGAAACGCGAGCUAUAACGACAUUCAGCCGUGGGACAAUCUUGCGCUUCUUCCCUUGUUUAACGCAGUGAACUACGAAACGCGUCGCGUGAGCACGCCCGCUGAUGUGGAUGUGAUGUUUGAGGAUGCAGGCUUUGCGAAUAACGAUCGUAUUCGCAUGGUUGAGGUGAUGUUGCCACGCAUGGAUGCGCCGCUGCACUUGCAGGGCGUGGAAGCGAGUCUUGGGGAGAGUCUUGAAUUUGUAGAGCUUUAGCAAGUGCGAGUCGAAGAUGAGCAUACAAGUUGUCAAUGGUGAAACCAAAAUAUUAAUUGUCAAUGGUGAAACCAGAAUAUUAGUUUCAGAUAAGCGCAGGUUGAACACAAAUAUAUCUAAAUCUAUCCGCUAUUCAUUACCCACUGUUUCUCUAUCCUGGUUAAUCAUAUGAUGUCUAAUACCUCUCAUUAAACAAAGAUAAAAAAUGAAAUGGGGCUUUGGGUGGUACAAUAUCAGCCUGUACAUUAUAUAACUAAUGUAAUUCUAAUGAUUUAACCUG